AUGGGGGGAAAGUGUAAGUCUGACGGGGUUAUUUUAGGUCAGCCAUGUGACUAUUCCUCAGGAUUCGUAACGAUUAACUUGAACAACGCUUCAGGAUGCAAACUUCUCAAAAUAUACGAUCCCCUUGUGACAUAUACAGUGUACUUUGCUCCAAAUUGCCGAUUUUUUAUUCCGAAAGAAGGUGAGGUGGUUGUGCAGCCCUCAAUGCCUCUUUAUCGAUUUUUGAAAGGAAAGCAGAAAGUCGAAAUUGAAUUUGCAGUGUUUGGAGCCAAACAAUCUAGUAAGAUUUUACUAAGAAAAGAAGAAAAUAGACUGUGCUCAUGGAAUGGAAAUGUCGAACAAACGAAAAACAAAGGGUGUAAGGAUAUGACAAUAGAUGAAGCUCAAAAUCGGAUGAUCUUCAAAGUUACUAUUUCUCGUGACAGCAAUGAAGAUUACGUGACGUAUUCCUGGGGACCUCCUGCUAAACCUUUAACUGUUACUCUCGACUGGAAUCGAGAAGGCGAAGCACCGGAGGUGGCAGAAUGCAAAAGUAGGUUUCAUGAAAAAUCAUCACAUCGUACUAUUCGCGUCCUUAUUCAUUAA